AUGUCUCAUUAUCCACGCUACUUCAGCCUGCCCACCUUGAUAUGCUAUGUCCCAACCACUCCCAUGCCAUCUCGUUAUUACCCAGUUCCCGUCAAAGAUCGAACCAUCGAACCAAGACAAGCUGUCUAUUCAACAGACGGUACCUGUGGUCCUGCCAAUGGUAACACUAUUUGCGAUCCAAACAGUACAGUUUAUAAAGGAUCAUGCUGCUCGUCAUACGGCUGGUGUGGAAAUGAUGAUGCUCACUGUGGAGCUGGUUGUUUAUCUGGAUGCACCAGCGGAAAUACAACACCGGCUGGUACCUCUCCUCGACCUGAUGGUCGAUGCGGCUCUGCUUUUGGUGGUGCUACUUGUGAUGCAAAAGGAGCAUAUGGUGGUUGUUGUUCUUCAUACGGCUAUUGUGGUUCUACCCCUGAUCACUGUUUGGUCUCGAGUGGCUGCCAGAAUGGAUGCACAGACGCAAAGUCUACAACCGUUGCACAGUCUACAACCACUGCAGCUGGCGGUAACGCAGCACCCUCGUCUACUUCCCAAGAACCAGUGAUUGCUCCGGUUACUUCUACACUCUCCCCUGCUGCAGCAAGUAACGCACCCGUAACUAAGGAUGGAUCAUGUGGUACUGCAAAUGGCGGUACUGUUUGCGGUAAUUGGCCAAACGGAAAUUGUUGUUCCAUGUACGGAUUUUGCGGUAACACCAAUGCUCAUUGCGGUGCCGGAUGUCAAUCAGGAAAUUGUUUGAAUGGACCAGUGAUUCCAGCCCCAGGUGCAAGUCCCGCCCCAGCUGCCCCGGUAGGAGGUGCAUUCAACAUCGUUGGCCAAUCUGGAGUUCCAGCUAUGCACGCAGCAUUAAUGCAAAACGGUCGGGUUAUGUUCCUCGACAAGUUGGAGAACUACACCCAAUUGAGAUUGCCAAACGGAAAUUACGCCAUGUCUUCAGAGUAUGAUCCAGCAACUAAUGGUGUUGCGGCGCCUCUAGCUUACAAGACAAACGCAUUCUGCUCCGGAGGUACUUUCCUUGCAGAUGGUCGUGUUGUUUCUCUUGGAGGUAAUGCACCUUUGUCAUGGCUUGAUCCAACCAUUGGUGAUGGUUUCACCGCUAUUCGAUACCUUGAGCGAUCUUCUACGGACGCUAGUCUGACAGGCAAAGACUGGAGUGAGCCAGGAAACAAGCUCGCAAGUGCUCGUUGGUAUGCUACGGCUCAAACUAUGGCUGAUGGAACCAUCUUCGUCGCUUCCGGAAGUUUAAACGGCCUCGAUCCAACUGUCAACACGAACAACAAUCCUACCUACGAGAUCCUCAGUCCUACCGCAGUUUCACAAGGCAAGAACAUUGAUUUGGAAAUUUUGGUGAAGAAUCAACCUUACUACAUGUACCCUUUUGUCCAUCUCCUCAAUGAUGGAAAUUUGUUCAUCUUUGUCUCAAAGUCUUCUCAAAUCUUCAAUGUGGGUACCAAUAGCAUUGUCAAGGAACUACCCGAACUCGCAGGAGACUACCGCACAUAUCCCAACACUGGUGGAAGUGUUUUGCUCCCACUGUCAAGCGCGAACAACUGGAACCCUGAUAUCGUCAUCUGCGGUGGUGGUGCAUAUCAAGAUAUCACGAGCCCUACGGAACCAAGUUGUGGAAGGAUCCAGCCAUUGAGUGCAAACCCCACAUGGGAGUUGGAUUCUAUGCCUGAAGGUCGUGGUAUGGUUGAAGGAAACUUACUUCCAGACGGAACUGUCAUCUGGCUUAACGGAGGUAAUUUGGGUGCUCAAGGUUUUGGACUUGCAAAGGCCCCAACUUUGGAAGCUCUUCUCUACGAUCCCACAAAGGCCAAGGGUCAACGAUUCUCAACUCUUGCCACUUCAACCAUCCCACGUCUCUACCAUUCCGUCUCCCUUCUCCUCCUUGAUGGUACACUCAUGGUCGCUGGUUCAAACCCUGUUGAGAUGCCAAAGCUCAAGCCUGAUGCGGCCGACGAAUUCGUCACAGAGUUCAGAGUGGAGAACUAUGUUCCUCCAUAUCUCUCAGGUGACAAUGCCAACAAGCGUCCAACCAAUGUGAAAUUGUCUUCAGGCAGCUUCAAAGCAGACGGCAGCACACUCGACGUUACCUUCAAUUGCCCAGCUGGCGCAAAAGCAGUGACUGUGACUUUGUAUCACGGUGGAUUCGUCACUCAUUCAGUACACAUGGGUCAUCGCAUGCUGCAUUUGGAUAACACAGGCUUCGUCGCUGGUGCAACACAGCAAAAGUUGACUGUUACCCGACCACCAAACAACAAUGUGGCACCACCUGGACCAUAUGUUGUUUACAUUCUUGUAGAUGGCAUCCCCGCAAUCGGACAAUUUGUUACGGUUUGA